GGACAUGAGGGGGGGGGUGAGGAUGUAUAUAAGGGGUGGUGGUGUGAGGUGAGGCAAGUGACUCUCUGGUACUGAUUCAAGCUUCUCACCGUCCACUACUGGAGGCAUCAUGAAAUCGUGCAUCAUCCUCGCACUGGCGGCCCUCUGCGGCGUGGCUGUGGCAAUGCCCGGCGGCAUCAGCAGCGGCUUCAUUGGUGGAAGUGGACUGGGAGGAGGCUUCGGCAACGGAUACGGAAACACCGGAUUCGGCGGCUCAAGGGCUGUUAUUAUUCGCGGUGGCGGAGGCGGCUAUGGUGGCGGCUUCAAUGGCGGCUUCAAUAACGGCUUCAUUGGCGGCGGCAUUGGCGGCUUCAAUGGCGGCUUCAAUGGCGGCUACAAUGGUGGCUUCAAUGGCGGCUUCAAUGGCGGCUUCAAUGGCGGCCGAUUUUUCAACCAAGGUGGCUAUGGCGGCGGCAGAGUUAUCAGCAUCGGUAGCGGCCUUGGUGGCAGAUAUGGCUGCGCCUAUGGUAGAUGUUAAUAAGGAGCACAACACCCUCCCAUACCACCAUCCUUCCUUCCAUCCAGCUGUCCUCUUCCUCUCCCUCUCUGUCUCUCUUUCUUUGUCGUGUUGCUCUCUCUCUUUCCAUCUUCAUCUUUCCCACUCAGGAGCAAGGGAAAGAAAAAUGAAAAAUGGAAACUGAAGACACACACACCCACAAACACACACACACACACACACUGCAACUACCAAGACAAAAAAUUAUUGGAAAAAGCCUAUUUAUUAUGAUUUUACCAAUAUGUAACAAUCAAUAAACAAAUUCGAGCAUUA